AUGUGUCCUAGUAUUCAUUCCAAAGAAGUAGUGAAUGAGUGUGUAAGCAAAUGUGUUGAUAAGGUAUCUAAAGAAAUGACAGUAGUGGAAGAUACCGCUUUGGCCAAUAAAUCAAGUAGCAGAGUGAAAGUGUUUCUGCAAACAGUAAAGGCAAGAUUAAGAACCCCAGGUAGUAAUCAAUUUGAGACUGUUCGCAUUCUUUUUGAUUCUGGUUCACAGCGUUCUUGCAUUUUAAAGGACUUGGCUGAAAAAAUGAAUUACGAAAGCUUAGGAGAAGAAACAAUCAUACACUCUCUUUUUGGUAAUGUCAAAUCUGGUGAAGUAAUUCAUAACAGACAUCGUGUGUUUCUAACCAGUCAAGAUUACAGUUACAACUGCAACUUUGAGGUAUUGAGUCAAACUACCAUAUGUGGGGAAAUUCCACCUGUUACCGAAGGUGCCUGGAUACAGGAACUUAUAGAGAAAAAUGUUUCUCUGACUGACAUACAUGAGACCAAGCUACCAAUUGGUAUUUUGAUUGGAGCGGAUAUAGCGGGUAAACUAUUCACGGGAAAUACGAUUCAACUGAAAUCUGGACUAGUGGCUAUGGAAACUCUUCUGGGAUGGACACUGAUGGGUAAGGCUAUAAUUAGUGGUAGUACAGGUUCAACUACACUCUCCACUGUUGUAACAUCAAUGUUUAUUAAUGAUGCUGACAUAUUGGAACUGUGGAGAUUAGACACUAUAGGCAUUACUGAUACAAGUGAAUCAGUUUCCAAAGAGCAAAAGGCUUUGGCAGUUAAAAAUCAUUUUAUAAAAACUACCACUAUAAAUGAAGAAGGUCGAUAUGAAGUAAGUUUGCCCUGGGUUUAUUGUCAUCCUCCUUUGCCUAGUAACAGAGAGUUAGCCGAAAAGAGGUUAUCAACAGUUGUAAAGAAAUUGGAUGGUAACAAUUUUACCGUAGACUAUGACUCAGUUUUUAAACAGUGGUUAAGUGAUGGCAUCAUUGAAGCUGUACCUUCUGACGAUUUGAACAACAACUUUCACUACCUGCCACAUAGACCUGUAGUGAAGGAGAGUAGUAUUACCACACAAAUUCGUCCAGUGUUUGAUGCAUCAGCAAAGACCAAGUUUUCACCCUCAUUGAACGACUGUAUUGAAAAUGGACCAAAUUUAAUUGAACUGAUUCCUUCUGUUAUGAUGCGUUUUAGGGAAGGGAAGUUUGGAGUUAUUGCUGAUAUAGCAAAAGCCUUCUUACAGAUAUCGUUAAAUGUACAAGAUAGAGAUUUUCUUCGGUUUUUAUGGUUUGACAUCAAUGAAAGAAGCCGAAGUAUUGUUUACCGCCAUAAAAGAGUUGUUUUUGGAGUGAAAUGUAGUCCAUUUCUUCUAGGGGCAUUAAUUGAUCUGCAUCUUCAAAAAUCUAUGACUUCUCAGGAGUAUGAUGAUAAUGUGGUAAAGAAGCUGAGUAAAAGUUUUUACGUGGACAAUGUUUCGACCAGUGUAGAUACUUAUGAGGAACUAAAACACUUUGUUGAAGAAUCGAAACAAGUUAUGGCUGCCGCUAAGUUUGAUUUAGGAGGAUGGCAUGCCACGAGCGUCAUUGAAGAAGGAGAUACCAAGUUCGUCACUAAUGUUUUGGGAGUUCAAUGGAACUAUAUUGAGGACGUUCUGUUUUUUAACCUCACGAACUGUAUUAAAGAUUUGGACGUGUCUCGAAUCACAAAGAGAGACAUUUUAUCCAUAUCUCACAAUAUCUUUGAUCCAAUUGGUAUCCUUUGCCCUGUUACUUUGUUUCCUAAACUUCUUCUGCAAAGUAUGUGGGACUUGAAAAUUGACUGGGACACUGAAGUAAGUUCAGACAUCAGUAAACUAUUCAUACUGUGGUAUAAUGAGCUAAGCGCUCUUGGAAAAGUGAAAAUACCCCGAUGGAUAGGUAAAAUGACUAUGGAUUCAAAUGGUUGUAGUAUUCAUACAUUUUGCGACGCAAGUAAAGAUGCCUAUGCUACAGUUAUUUACUUGAGAGUUGAAAUUGAAGAUGAAGUAAGAGUCCAAUUAUUGUCUGCAAAAUCAAGAGUUGCUCCUCUGAAGAAAACCACAAUUCCAAGAUUGGAAUUAUUAACCGCCACGGUGGGAGCACGUCACACAAGCUGGACGAAAAAAUCAAAGUUCCAAAAAGGUUCAUGUUUGAGUAGUAAUACUACUCGGUGGGAGGAUGUUAUAUCUCCUAGUCUGUUGAUAUGA